AUGUUUUCGCAGCCAGACAACACAACUAAUGUACUGCUAGCUACAAUUGCAAUUACAAUUAUGGAUGCACAAAAUAGACCACAUAUUGUACGGGCUCUGCUAGACAGCGGAUCACAAGUGAAUUUAAUAACGAGGGAUCUAGCGGACAAAUUAGCUCUCCCUCUGAAAGGUGAUGUAAAUACAAUGAAGGUAUUACAAGGAAGAUCAUUGACUAGCUAUAACACUGUGGCAGUAGAAAUUAAAUUCAAUAUCUCUGCAUUUUCAAGAAGGAUCAACUGCAUAGUGAUGGACAACAUAACAAGCGAUCUACCGACAUCAAAAAUCAAUAUUGAAAACUGGAAAAUUCCUAAAGGAGUGCUUUUAGCUGACACAAUGUUUGCAAGCCCUGGCCCAAUUCAAAUCUUGUUUGGAUGGGUACUAUCUGGUGCAUACAAGCAACAAACAAAUUCAAAUUAUGUUGGAUUUGUAUCAAAUGUACAACUGCAUGAAGCCAUCACCAAGUUCUGGAAUUUGGAAGAAGUAUUAGAGCCAACAAUCCAUGGGUCAGAGAAGGUAUGUGAAGAGUACUUCUCAAAGACUGUCAGUCGUACAGAAAGUGGAAGAUACAUAGUGUCAUUGCCAUUUAAACUAGAUAAAAAAAAUGAAUUAGGAGAUCCUUUACAGAUUGCAACAUCUCGCCUUAUAAACCUAGUAAAGCGGUUUAAAAGAAAUGAAGACAUAAAAAUCAUGAACAAAUAUUUAAAAUUAGGAUCUGCAGUACCAGUACCAAUAGCAGAACUUAAUCAUCCACAUUAUUAUUUACCACACCACCCAGUUAUCAAGCAAUGGGGCUCAACGAAGUUGCGAGCUGUUUUUGAUGCUGCUACAAAAAGUUCAAGUAGGGUUUUGCUGAAUGAUACACUGCAUACUGGACCAAAAUUGCAGCAAGAACUAAUAUCUAUUUUAAUCAGAUUUCGCUGUUGGAAGCACGUUUUUAUAAGUGAUACUGUAAAGAUGUGCAGAUAA